AUGGCGGAGCUGACUUUGGAGGACGUUAUCCAGGAUUCGGUAGAGGCUAUUUCAGCCGAGGUUGGAGGGGUGACCGGUACCCCGAUAGGGGAAGGAUUCGGCUCUGGUGGAAGUGAACUGGGAGGAGGAACCGGACUCGGAGGAGGAUCUGGAUACCAAAGCUAUGGUGGCAGUGGCGGCUCCUCAGGAGGCAGUUCUUUGGGAUUCGGAGGCGCUUCAUCCAGAAUGGGAGGCGGUUCAUCCGGAUCCGGAGGCGGUUCUUCCGGAAUGGGAGGCGGUUCUUCCGGAAUGGGAGGCGGUUCUUCCGGAAUGGGAGGCGGUUCAUCUGGAAUGGGAGGCGGUUCUUCCGGAUUCGGAGGCGGAUCCGGAAUGGGAGGCGGUUCAUCCGGAUUCGGAGGCGAUUCAUCCGGAAUGGGAGGUGGUUCUUCCGGAUUCGGAGGCGGUUCUUCCGGAAUGGGAGGCGGUUCUUCCGGAUUCGGAGGCGGAUCCGGAAUGGGAGGCGGUUCAUCUGGAAUGGGAGGCGGUUCUUCCGGAUUCGGAGGCGGAUCCGGAAUGGGAGGCGGUUCAUCCGGAUUCGGAGGCGGUUCAUACGGAAUGGGAGGCGGUUCAUCCGGAUUCGAGGGCGGUUCUUUCGGAAUGGGAGGCGGUUCUUCCGGAUUUGGAGGCGGAUCUGGAAUGGGAGGCGGUUCAUCCGGAAUGGGAGGCGGUUCUUCCGGAUUCGGAGGCGGAUCUGGAAUGGGAGGCGGUUCAUCCGGAAUGGGAGGCGGUUCUUCCGGAUUCGGAGGCGGAUCCGGAAUGGGAGGCGGUUCAUCCGGAUUCGGAGGCGGUUCAUACGGAAUGGGAGGCGGUUCAUCCGGAUUCGAGGGCGAGGAGGUUCAUCCGGAUUCGGAGGCGGUUCUUCGGGAUUUGGAGGAUUAUCAGGAGGAGGAGGAGGAGGAGGAGGAGGAGGAGGAGGGGGUACAGGAAGUUCGUCAUCGAUGCGGUCAGGAGGCUUUGGUGGUAGUGAUUUUGGCAGUUCCUUAUCAAGCCUGUUCCGAAGCGGUGGAUCCGGUGGAAGCGGAGGAGAAUCAAGUCAAACGGGCUCCACCUCUGGAAGCUCGCAAACGGGAGGAGGCUCCAGCAGCAAUUUGUUUUCUGGCGGUGGUGGAGACAGCGGCGGCUUUUUCGGGGGCGGCUCCGGCGGCUUCGGUCAAGGUAGCGGUGGUGGGUCAAGCAGUUCGUUCGGCAGAAACAGAUAUGGAUCAGGUUUCGGCGGAGGGAGCUCGCUGA